AUGUCUAACGAUACAGAGAACCAACAAUCCGUUGCUUACACGGAGAAACCAGCCGAAUCGGAGAAUUUUGAUGAAGCAUUUAAAAUCGAAAAACCGAAGUACAAUGACAAGUUCUUUGCCUUGUUUUUCGUGCUUGUGUUUGUUGCCUUCUUCAUUGUGGCAGGUAUAGCCAUCAAUGCGGCUAGAGAAACAUGGAGCUACCAAGGUGGUUCGAUUUACCAUAGUUCAAACACUUUCUCGCUCAAUUCCAACACCGCUAUCUUGUUUGGAUUUGCUGUUGUUAUUGCCGUGGUCUUAUCGUUCCUAAUCCUCGUGUUUGCUAGAUUGAACGCAAAAUUAUUCAUCAUCUCUGGUUUGAUUCUCAACAUCUUGUUGGGAUUGGCCACGGGUAUUUAUUAUUUGGCACUUCAUUAUUGGUCGGCCGGAAUUGUGUUUUUGGUGUUCACUGCAAUUAGUGCUCUUUGCUACUGGAGAUGUAGAAGCAGAAUUCCAUUCAGUGCCAUCGUGCUCGAGAUUUCCAUCGACGUCAUGAAAAGAUACAAAUCAACUUUAGUGGUUUCAUUAUGUGGUAUUCUACUCUCUGGUGCAUUCUCCGCUUUCUUCUUGAUGGUGGUUGUUGGCUGCUAUAUCAAGUAUUCGCCCGAUGCUGGAAAUCCCGGCUGUAGCGAAACCGGAGGUACUUGUUCUAGAGGUAGUUUAAUCGGUGCUUUGGUGUUUGUUUUCUUCGCUGGUUACUACAUCACAGAGGUCAUGAAGAAUGUAAUUCAUGUUACCAUAGCCGGUAUUUACGGAACCUGGUAUUAUUUGGCUGGCUCAGAUCAGGGCGAGCCCAAGUGGCCUGCUUUGAGCUCAUUCAAGAGGGCAAUGACUUAUUGUUUCGGCUCGAUUUGUUUCGGAUCUUUAAUUGUGUCCAUUCUUCAAAUGAUUAGAGGUCUUGUUCAAGCUUUGAGGACACAGUCCUUCGACAACGGAGACAUCUGUGCUGGUUGUGGUUUCCUCAUUUUGGAUUUGAUUCUCGGCUUUUUGGACUGGUUGGUGCGUUACUUUAACCACUACGCUUACAUUUUCGUGGCCCUCUACGGAAAACCAUACAUCGAGUCAGCUAAGAACACCUUCAACUUGAUUCGUCACAAGGGUAUGGAUGCUUUGAUUAAUGACUGUUUCGUGAAUACCUCAUUGCAACUCUAUUCCUUGUUUGUGGCUUACGUGGUGACUUUGUUUUCAUGGUUCUUCUUGAAGUACACCAAACCCGAAUAUAACAGAAAUGGUUCAUUUAAUGCGCCUGUUAUGGCAUUCUGUUUCGUCGUUGCCAUGCAGAUCACCCGUGUCUCUCUUGCAGUCAUUGAAUCUGGUAUUUCUACAUUUUUCGUUGCUUUGGCUAACGAUCCCGAGGUAUUCCAGAUGACAAACAGAGAUCGUUUCGACGAGAUCUUCCGCAAUUACCCUCAAGUUUUGGAGAAGUUGAUGACUAAAGAUGCUCAAGUAGAGCAGCAACAGAACUAUCAACAACAGCAGCAGUACCAAGGCCAACAGCAAUACCAGGGCCAAGCGCCACCACAGUACUAA